AGAGUUUCAAUACACUUACCACACUCGUUGUUCUUCUUUGUUUUUUAUAUUGUAUUCAUUCUUAUUGUUGUCAUAUCAUUUACUAAUUUUAUAUUAGUCAUAUUGUUGUUGAUCUAUUUUUGUAAAUAAAUUUUUCAAUCAGUAACUAUGCAUCGAUCAAUGAAAAAAGGUCGUUAUAGACAAUAUUGUGAGCGUUACUCAAAUACUGACGUACCUGAGCGAACAAGACGUCGUUUAUUAGCAAAAAAUCGUGAACGUCAACUAAAUGACUCAGACUCUGAUAAUCUGGAUGAUGAAAAUGAAAAGCAGAUAGAAGCUCAUCUAGUGAAAAAUAAUUCAUUUUCUCUCCGAGAUAUUUCCAUUUUGCCAACGUCAUGUGCAAGUACCAGUGAGCUAUCCAUAGAAAACAAUUUAUACGAAGCUAUUAAAAAUAUCACUUCAUCAAACAUCGAUCAUUUCGAUCACUCAUCAUUCGUAGAUGACACAAAUCUACAUCACGAGAACUCAUUUUUCCAAGAUGGCAUUGAGAAUCAAAUGAACAUUUCAACUAAUCAUUUUAUUAUUCCAGAAGACUCAGAGUCUGACGCAUCUAUCACAGAAGAUCAUGAAAUAGAAAAUCCAUCUUCCGAAAGCAGUACUGACGAAGAAUUACUUGAUAUUGAACAAAAUAACAAAGAUGCCGCGAAUAUGGAAAUGGAUAUCAGUGGAUUUCAACGGAAUCAUUCUAAUUACUCGAAAGAAAUAUUAAUACGAACUUUAUUAGUGCUUGUAUCAUAAUCUUACAGUUACGGCAUCAGAACAUAUAUCUCAGCUUAUCAGUAUCAUGAAUGAGAAUCCCGUUGGUUGUACAUCCAAGUAUUACUUUGAAAAAAUUGUUAAUUCAUAUUCAAUCCCGUUCAAAGUCCAUCAUUUUUGUCCAUCAUGUAAUCAAUAUGAAGGAGUAGAAUCUGACUCAAUGGAUAACGAUCAUGGAGAACAAGAAAUAAAUUGUUUUCAUUGUCAUAUAAAUAUUAAUAUAGCUGAAAACCGGCAGUCUGGUAGAAUUUUCAUGUAUUUGUCGGUAGCUGAACAAUUGCAAAAUUUUUUUGAACGUCAUCAUUCAGAUGAGUUAUAUUCUAACGCACGGACAAAAAAAUCAUUUGAUGCAAUUGAAGAUAUUUUUGAUGGGCAAUUGUAUCGAAAAAGUUUGAGUAAAGAAAACUCUUUUUCUAAUGAUACAAUAAGCAUUAAUUUUAGCGUCGAUGGAACACCUUUGUUCAAAAGCUCACAAACAUCUAUCACGCCUAUUUUGUGUACUAUAAACGAAAUUCACCCUAAAAAAAGAAAACAAAAUGUACUUAUAGCAAGUAUUUUCUUAGGCUCUAAAAAACCUAAUAUGAAUGCCUAUCUGACACCAUUCAAAACUGAAAUGACAAGACUAGCUAUUAAUGGAUUCAACUAUACGUAUAAUGAAGUUACAUACCAUAAGACAUGCAAAACUUUAGUUGGUGUAACUGAUUCCGUAGAACGGCCCGAAUUAAGAUGCAGUACAUCUUUUCGCGGUAAAAAUGGAUGUGGGCUUUGUACUCAUCCAGGUCUAGAAGUACCAAAAGGUAAAGGUUUCGUUCGAGUCUAUCCUAUUGAUAACAAAGGAUUACCUUUUGACGGAAUCGUACUACGUAAUCACAAAGAAACACUUCGCCACGCUGAAACGAAAGAAAAAGGUAUCAAAUGUCGGUCAAUAUUAUGUGGCAUCCCUGGUUUCGACAUUAUUAAAAAUCUCCCUGCUGACUCACUACAUGCUGUUGGACUCGGAGUUGCCAGGCAACUCGCGAAACUUUGGUUUGAUUCACAAUAUCACCAUAAACCAUUCUACUUUAGUCGUCACUUGAACGAUAUAGAUAACUUUUUAUUAUCAGUGAAACCAUCCAUUGAUGUCUCAAGAACGCCACGGAGAAUAUCUCUUCGUAAACAUUGGAAGGCACAUGAGUGGUUUAUAUGGCUGUUGUUCUAUAGUUUGCCUAUUUUGAAACUAUUAUUCCCUCUUAAGUAUGUCGAGCACUGGGGAUUGCUUGUUGAGGGAAUAUCAAUUUUAUUGAAAGAUUCGAUUCUCGAAUAUGAGAUAUAUUAUGCUCAACAGUGCCUAAUUCGUUUCGUUAAAGGUGUAGAAACAUUAUAUGGAGUAGAACAUGUUACAUUUAAUGUACAUUUGUUGAGUCAUUUGGCCCAAGGUUGCUUGGACUGGGGCCCUUUAUUCACGCAUAGUGCCUUUAUUUAUGAAAAUUACCAUCAAAUGUUGAAAAAAUAUGUCAAAAGCUCUAACUGUGCAAACCUGCAAAUUCUUAAAUCUUUCCGAUCGAAAUUAGCUUUUGAAAAAUUAUAUGAAGAAUGUAGCCCAAAUAUGACAUCAACUCAACAUAAAUUCUUAGAAAAUUUUGAAACAAAAAAAAAAAAAUACA